AUGGAGUUGAAGGGGUGGGGACAAGUUGGGCCGAGCCUUGGCCUUCGUUGUCGCCACAGCAGUAACAGCCUGGCCUGGACGUUCAGCCCCGAAGCUGGUCAGGCCAAAGCUCCUGUCACGCAGAGGUCAGUGGCCAGCACCGUCGCUGUCAGGGCCUUUGUGGACGUGCACAUCAGUUCUUUGAGUUGCGACAGAGUUCUGGAAGGGGAUUCAAAUGACCCACUGGCUUCCAGUCCAGCAGGCCCGGGUCCUCGUUUCUUGUCGGAUUCAACCACGAGCGAGUCCUCGCAUCCUCUCUGGGCUCUGCACAGCCAGUCACCGGUUGCCUGCGCUCAGCACAGCGCGGGCCGACGGCGGAUGCUCGGUCAGCACCAAGGACAAGGACCUCGGGGCGCAGGGCGACCAAGGUCACUUUCGCAGGAGCCAGUUCGCUGGUGGGCCCGUGACCCCGACCGCCUCGCAGGCAGCACGUGCCCCCGCUCCCGGCGCGGUGCUCGGGUGGGCGCCCCGCCUCCCGGCCCCGCCCUCCGGCCCCGCCCACGGUUUCCCGGGGAACCACGGUUCCCGCAGCUGCAGGAGGCGCCGGUCCCGCGGAGCAGCCCCAGUCGCCGCCGCCGCCGCCGCCGUCAGCGCCGCGCCCCGCUCCGGCUCCCGCUCCUGCGCCCCCGGCCGGCCAUGCCUGCCCGCCGCGCCCCGAUGCUGCCCGCGCUGGCCCUGCUGCCGCUGCUGCUCGCGGCCGGGCCCCGCGGCGCCUGCCUGGCCAGCCCGCUGCCCGCCGCGCCCCUGCCGGAGCCGGGACCGUGCGCCGCGCAGCCCUGUCGGAACGGGGGCGUGUGCGCCCCGAGAGCCGUGCCCGGCCCGGAGCACCCGGGACCCGCCGAAGAGCCCGGCUACAGCUGCACCUGCCCCGCCGGAGUCUCGGGCACCGACUGCCAGUUUGUUGCAGAUCCUUGUGCCAGCAACCCUUGUCACCAUGGCAACUGCAGCAGCAGCAGCAGUGACGGCUACGUCUGCAUCUGUGAUGAGGGAUAUGAAGGUCUCAGCUGUGAACAGGCACUUCCCAGUACCCCAACCUCUGGCUGGACCGAGUCCAUGGCACCCAGACAGCUUCAGCCUGUCCCUGCGACCCAGGAGCCUGACGUUAUCCUGCCUCACUCUCAGGCAACGGUGACGCUGCCAACCUGGCAGCCGAAAACAGGGCAGAAAGUGAUAGAAAUGAGAUGGGAUCAAGUGGAGGUGAUCCCAGAUGUUGCCUGUGGGAAUGCCAGUUCCAACAGCUCUGCAGGUGGCCGCCUGGUGUCUUUUGACGUGCCACGGAACACCUCUGUAAAAAUCCGGCAAGACGCCACUGCCUCACUGAUCUUGUUGUGGAAGGUCACAGCCACAGGCUUCCAGCAGUGCUCCCUCAUAGAUGGACGGAGUGUGACACCCCUCCAGGCUCCUGGCGGUCUUGUCCUCCUAGAAGAGAUGCUGGCUUUGGGACCCAAUCACUUCAUUGGUUUUGUGAAUGACUCUGUUACCAAAUCUAUUGUGGCCUUGCGUCUGACUCUGGUAGUGAAGGCCAGCACCUGCGUGCCUGGGGACAGCCACGCAAAUGACUUGGAGUGUUCCGGAAAAGGGAAGUGUACCACAGAGCCAUCAGAGGCAACGUUUUCCUGCACCUGUGAAGACCAGUACAUAGGAACUUUCUGUGAAGAAUUUGACGCCUGUCAGAGGAAACCCUGUCAGAAUGAGGCAAGCUGUGUCGAUGCAAAUGAGAAGCAGGAUGGGAGUAAUUUCACCUGCAUUUGCCUUCCUGGGUACACUGGAGAGCUUUGCCAGUCCAAGAUCGAUUACUGUGUCCUUGACCCAUGCAGAAAUGGAGCCACAUGCAUUUCCAGCCUCAGCGGAUUUACCUGCCAAUGUCCAGAAGGCUACUCUGGCCCUGCCUGUGAGGAGAAGGUGGACCCCUGCCUGCCAUCGCCCUGCCACAACAACGGCACCUGCUUCGCGGACGGGGUGCGCUUCACCUGCAGCUGCAGCCCGGGCUUCACGGGUCUCACCUGCGCUCAGCUCGUGGACUUCUGCGCCCUCCGCCCGUGUGCUCAUGGCACCUGCCGCAGCGUGGGCACCAGCUACAAAUGCCUCUGCGAUCCAGGGUACCACGGCCUGUACUGUGAGGAGGAGCGCGACGAGUGCCGCUCGGCGCCGUGCCGCCACGCCGCCACCUGCCGCCACCUGCCCGACGGCUACGAGUGCGCGUGCGCGCCCGGCUACACAGGAGUGCACUGUGAGCUGUCCAAGGACCCCUGUGCGAAUGUCAGCUGUCUGAACGGAGGCGCCUGUGACAGCGAGGGCCUCAACGGCACGUGCAUCUGCGCGCCAGGGUUCACAGGUGAAGAGUGUGACAUUGACAUUAAUGAGUGUGACAGCAGCCCUUGCCAGCAUGCCGGAACCUGCUUGGACCAGCCCAAUGGCUACACUUGCCACUGUCCCCAUGGCUGGGUGGGAGCAAACUGUGAAAUCCACCUGCAGUGGAAGUCUGGGCACAUGGCCGAGAGCCUCACCAGCAUGCCCCGGCACUCGCUCUACAUCAUCAUCGGAGCCCUUUGCGUGGCGUUCGUGCUGAUGCUGAUCAUCCUGAUCGUGGGCAUCUGUCGCAUCAGCCGCAUCGAGUACCAGGGCUCCUCGCGGCCCGCCUAUGAGGAGUUCUACAACUGCCGCAGCAUCGACAGCGAGUUCAGCAAUGCCAUUGCCUCCAUCCGACAUGCCAGGUUUGGAAAGAAAUCCAGGCCCGCAAUGUAUGAUGUGACUCCCAUCGCCUAUGAGGAUUACAGUCCUGAUGACAAGCCCUUGGUGACACUGAUUAAAACAAAAGAUUUGUAAUCUUUUUUUGAUUAUUUUUCAAAAGAUGGGAUACUAAGAUCAUUUAAAUAUUUUUAAGAAAAUUAAAAAGCUUAAGAAAUGUAAAACGUUAGCUGCGCAAGAGUUUUCAGUAGACUAUCGAAGAACUAAUUUUCUGCAGCUUUUAGUUUGGAAAAAAUAUUUUAAAAACAGAAUUUGUGAAAUCCAUAGACUAUGUUUUAAUGUACUUUCAGCUCUCAACACUGUAAUGCUUCUAGUAUGUGCUCCUUUCAUGACGAACCCAGAUGAGCUUCUGUGGUGUUGCAGAAUAGGUCUAGUCAAGAAGUUCCUUUCUGACGUGUGAGUGCCGGCUUUCUGAGUAGUUAGGAAAAUAUGUCAAGUAGAGUAUGACACAUAAUACAGUAUACAUGUUAACUUACAAAGACGUCUGAGGUGUUUGUUUUGUGAAAAAGAAAAUAGUUAAAUUUCUUCUUCCUAACCAGAAUGAAAUUAGCCUCUGCAUUAUUCUGUGCAUGGGUAAGUAACUUCUUUUCUGCACUGUUUCGUUGAUCUCUGUGGAAACAUUUUCUCAAGUUUGUUUUUGUCAUUUUUUUGUAAUAGUUGUUAAACUUGGCCUUGGGAACAUACAUAACAAAAGGGCCUUAUGAUUGAUUCUCAACCUGUAUUUUUUUAAAGUUGAGUUUUUUUCUCCUUUUUUGUAUUGUGAGUGAAUUAAAUUGCAUUCGAGUUGCUCAUUGCUAAGAGGUAGUGAAAUGUAAGAGCGCACUGGUUCCUUCGGUAGUGCUUCUCAUAGUGAAUCUUUAUUUAUAUCCAGGAGAUUUUUGUGGCUGUAUUUGAUUGAAAUGUGCUUCAUAUGAUUCUUGCUAAUUUUGAAGAAUAUUGAAUAAAUGUUAGCAGGUCAAGGA